UCGCGAACGGCUACAGGAAGUGAUUGUGUGCUUGGGGACGUCAACACUUUUCCUCGAGCACCUCUGACCAUUCCGACCGCAUUCACCGCAUAUGUGAGCUGUUUCAUGGAGCAGCGGUGGGGAAAUCAUCAUCAAGCUCUGUAAUCAAUACAGAUCGAGCGGAUCGUGUGAGUUUGUGGGCAGAAUUAAGUUCAUGUUCGAUGAAGAUGAUGAUGAUGGCAGCAGCAGGCAAUGAAAGUCCAAACAAAAGCACUGAGGAUAAAACAUCAUCCCGCAGACAGAAUGAAGUGAACAAGAAGUUGAAGUACAUCAGUUUGGCAAUUCUGGUGAUCCAGAAUGCAUCGCUCAUCCUCAGCAUCCGCUACGUGCGGACGUUGCCGGGCGAUCGUUUCUUCACCACAUCAGCCGUAGUGAUGGCAGAAGUUCUUAAAGUCUCCACCUGUCUGGUCAUCAUCGUGAUACAGAAGAGAGGUAAUGUGAAGACCUUCGUAUGGUUGUUGUAUGACUCUAUAUUCAUCCAGUAUUCGGACACACUGAAGUUAGCAGUUCCGUCACUCAUCUACACUUUACAAAACAACCUGCAGUAUGUGGCCAUUUCCAAUUUACCAGCAGCCACUUUCCAGGUCACAUAUCAGCUGAAGAUCUUGACCACAGCAUUGUUUUCAGUGCUCAUGCUGCGGAAGAGUCUGUCUAAAAUCCAGUGGAUCUCACUAGUGCUGCUGUUCGCCGGUGUGGCGAUCGUCCAGGUGGAUCAGGAGAGUGGGAAACAGAAGGAGGCUUUGACCGGCAUCAACCAGAACUACUUCAAGGGCUUGGUGUCCGUGAUCGUCUCGUGCUUGUCCUCCGGGUUUGCCGGCGUUUACUUCGAGAAGAUCUUGAAGGGAAGCUCUGCCUCGGUGUGGAUGAGAAACAUCCAGCUCGGGAUCUUCGGGACUCUUUUGGGUCUCCUCGGCAUGUGGUGGAACGAUGGCGCCGCCAUUGCUGAUAAAGGCUUCCUGUUCGGAUACACUCCCCUUGUGUGGGUCGUCAUUUUCAACCAGGCAUUCGGCGGCCUUCUGGUGGCUGUUGUCGUAAAAUACGCAGACAAUAUUCUCAAAGGCUUCGCCACCUCUUUUUCCAUCAUCGUGUCCACGAUCACGUCCGUCUACCUCUUCGGCUUCCACGUGGACCUGAUAUUCACGCUGGGCGCAGGAUUGGUCAUAGGAGCCGUCUAUAUGUACAGUCUCCCCAAACCAAACACCAGCACUUCCAGCACCAGCACAUCUUCACCCAGCCACAGCAAUGGAAGAGACUCGGAGCUGGAUGCUUUCCUUCCAAAUCCCAAGGCCCCAGGAAAGAAGAAAGGAAAUUGACAAAAACAUGAUACAUGAGAAGAGAUGAUGAGAACACAUUGUGCCUACAGGUCCUACACUCCUGCCCUAUUUUCCAAAGGAAAAGAUGAGGGUUAUGUUUCAAUUGCCUUAU